AUCCCUCCUCCUUAUCUUCAAUCUCUCAUCCAUAUCCUCUUCUCUCCGAAAUUUUAGGGUUUUACCCUAAAUCCUUGGUGUUUUUUUGGCAUUAGAUCAUCGAAUUACACGUGGAUGUGCCCUAGAUCUCCAUAGAAAAUAGUUGAUUUGAUCUGGAUUAAGGAAGAUGAAGAUUCAGUGUGAUGUGUGCGAGAAAGCUCCCGCGACUUUGAUCUGUUGUGCGGAUGAAGCGGCGUUGUGUGCGAGAUGUGAUACGGAAGUUCACGCUGCAAACAAGCUUGCAAGCAAGCAUCAGAGGCUGCUCCUCCAAACACUCUCCAAUAAGCUUCCCCCUUGUGAUAUCUGCCAAGAGAAGACGGCAUUUAUUUUCUGCGUAGAGGAUCGAGCCCUGUUCUGUCGCGACUGUGAUGAACCAAUUCAUUCAGCCGGCAGCCUUGCUGCCAACCACCAACGUUUCUUGGCCACCGGAAUCCGGGUGGCUCUUAGUUCCAGUUCUGCCCAAGAGGCACCUGAGAAGAGCCACCAUGAGCCACCACCUCCCUCCAGCAAGAAUGUAACUGAUCAUGUGCCACAGGUUGUUCCCAUGAAAACUCCCACGCACCAAGUUUCUGGAUACACUUCCCCAUCAUGGGCCGUUGAUGACCUGCUACAGUUUUCCGAUUUUGAAUCCCCCAACAAGAAAGAACAACUCGAAUUCGGGGAGCUCGAGUGGUUGACCGACUAUGCUUCCGUGUUUGGUGACGAAGCUGCCGAAGUUCCUCAGCUUCCAGCAUCACAAUCGAUCAACACCACCUCAUACAGACAAACCAAAUUCUACAUCCCGAAUAACAAGAAACCAAGAUAUGAAAUAUCGAACAACGACGAGGAUGACGACGAGCACUUCACCGUGCCCGAUCUUGGUUAGACUCGAAGCUAAGCUUAUAGGUUUUCGAUAUUUUCCCGUGAAAAAGUAUUUGUUUGGUCCCCGUAUUGUUAAAUAAAUACGUUUUGAUCUUCGUACUAAAACUACUUACUUGCCCAUUGGUUCAACCGAUAUAUAAGAGGGUUGAGCUGUCUGCCUUGGCUAAAAUGUGGUAUGUUUGCUGGAAAGCAAGACCAAUGGGUAAAAAUGAA